CUACAUAUUUCCAUACCACAGCCAUCAACAAGUUUCUCAAAAUUCUCUAGCUUUUCACUUUUGAUUUGUGUCACAAGAAAUCUAUUUGUUUUACUUCAAAAAAGACUUCUAUUUAUACAGCAAUGGCCAUUCGCCAGAUGCUGAGACGAUCUUUAUCAAGCGAAAGAAGGUCAACUGAAGUUCCAAAAGGGCAUGUUGCCGUCUAUGUUGGGGAGGAUGAAAAGAAGCGUUUUGUGAUUCCAGUAUCAUACUUGAACCACCCCUCGUGUCAAGAAUUACUGUUUCAUGCAGAGGAAGAGUUUGGGUUCAAUCACCCUAUGGGUGGCCUCACCAUCCCUUGCAGUGAGGACUUGUUUGUAGAUUUCAUCUCUUGCUUCAACACAAGAUGAUGUUUGCAUGUGCUUAGUAGUAGGAUCAAAUUUUUGUAGAUCAGCAGAUAAUGUAUUUCUAGGAAAAAAAAUAUCUAGUACAUUCAAUGAAUAUAUAUACUACAUGACAAAUUCUUAGCCA